CGUUCCGCGGCUCGAUUGUACAAGUCUGCUUCCAAACACAUAGCAGUGUCGUUCGAAGUUCUUCAAGUUUGCUAUACCGAACCAGCUCUCCCUUGAUUCAAAAAAAAAUGGCAGAUCCAUCUCUCUACACAUAUCCUUCACCUCUCGAAGGCUAUCAAGGCCUCGAGCCGCUACCGAAUGAGAAAGCCUCAGAUGGAAAAUCUUUUGUCAAUCCACCUGCCGAGAAGAAGAGUGAAGCAUACAAUUCCUUCGUAGCUCCAAUAUCAAACGGAAUCCGCGGAGGAUUUGACGUACAUAUAUACUUCCUCCAGGUAGAUGCUGAAGAGGUCAAGUUCGCUGCCGAGCUAUGGGAGCGCAUACGGCGAGAAUUUCCCGAACUACGCAUCUACAAAGUUUGGGAUAGGCCCAUUGGCCCUCAUCCUCUUGCCAUGUUCGAGGUCAACCUCUUCACGCCAGUAGAACAAUUUGGCGCUUUCAUUCCCUGGCUUGUUGUAAACAGGGGGCCAUUAUCAGCAUUGAUUCAUCCCAACACGGAUGACGAGGGCAGAGAUCACACCCAGAGGGCGACUUGGAUGGGUCAGCCACUGCCUUUGAAUCUGAAACUGUUCAAGCAGAGUCGCGCAUAA